UCCAUUUCCCACAACUACCGCUGGUGCCUACCGGGUGUUUUCUUUUUUCUUGUUAGUUAUUACUUGUUAGUGUUCAGUUUCAGUAUUCACUAUUGAGUAACGACAGUAACUAUAUUGUUGGCAGGUACUUCGUCUACUGAGUUUUCUCAUUGCGGUUCGUGUAAUUAAUUCACUAUAAUACAUCUAUAUUCUAUAACCAUCUAGGUGUUUCUCUUGUUUUACGGUAUCCGUUAAGUCUUGGAUUAUAAAUACCGUUUAAACACUAGAACAAUAUUGACAUUGAAAUAAAGCAGCUCAAUAAUCGCAAGAAAAUAUUUUUUUGUAUUCUGUGUGCUGUGCGUAGAACGUUGGAAUUUUUCAUCAUCUCUAGAUUUUACCACGCGACCAAAUUUGAACUACUAUGGAGUCUUUCAAAAGAGUGCUUUCUAUACAGAGCCAUGUUGUUAGUGGAUAUGUGGGUAAUAAAUGCGCUGUGUUUCCAUUACAGAUAAUGGGUUUUGAAGUGGAUGCUAUAAAUUCUGUUCAAUUAUCAAACCAUACUGGAUAUAAAACUUAUUAUGGCCAAAUAUUAAAUGAAAGUGAUUUAUCGGAAUUAAUAACAGGUCUUGUUGAAAAUGAAUUGCAUAAUUAUUCACAUCUAUUAACUGGUUAUACUAGAUGUCCAAAGUUCUUAAAGAAAGUUGUGGAAGUUUAUAAAAUAUUGAAAAUGAAAAAUCCAGGGUUGAUAUAUGUUUGUGAUCCUGUAAUGGGUGAUAAUAAAGAAAUGUAUGUUCCAAAAGAAAUAUUAGAUGUCUAUAAGAAUGAAAUAAUACAUUUGACUGAUAUCCUUACACCGAAUGAAUAUGAAUUAGAGUUAUUAACUGGUAUAACUAUAACAACCCCUAAUGACAUUUAUAAGGCCAUGAAUAUAUUAUAUGCUCAGGGUUGUAAGACAGUUGUUGUGUCAUCUUCCAACAUAUUAUCAUCAAAUUCUGUUAUGAAGUGUAUUGGAAGAAAUUUUUCUUAUGAGGAAUAUGUAGAGUUAGAUAUUCCCAUCAUUGACCAAUCCUUUAUUGGAACUGGAGAUUUUUUUACUGCUUUGUUAUUGAUAUGGAUGAACUUAACUAAUAAUGACUUGAAACAUUCCAUCGAAAAAACCGUUGCAACUAUUCAAGCAGUAAUAAAACGUACCAUAAAAUAUACAAAUGAAAAUAGUUCAAAGGAUCCAAUAAGCAAUAAAGAAUUAAAACUAAUUCAGAGCCUGAGUGAUAUUCAAAACCCUGAGGUAACAAUAUUUGGUACAAUGAAUAAAGUUGGAUAAUUAUUUUUGAAUAAAUUUAUUUAUGUAUCACUAUAGCUUAUACAAAUAUUAUAGUUAUUGUUAACUUUUAGAAUAUAAUUUAAAGGACAACCUUCAUAACCCUAUAGUUAUGUUUGAGUUAAUACCUUAUAAUAAAACUACAUAUAGUUGAUAUUAGUUAAUGUACGAGAAUCUGAACUAUGAAAUAAAUUCAUGAGCUUAAAAUAAAAUGUACCUAUAAACUAUUGUGAAAAUUACCAAAUAGUAUUUACUAUUUUUGUAUUAUAUAAAUAUAUAAAUGUAUUGAAAAUAUAAUAUGUCUUCCAUUAUAUUAUGCAACUGUGAAUUCCAAAAGCUUCCAUUAAUAAUAAAUUGUAUUUAUUGUUUUUAAUCAGUUAAAUAAUUUUGUAUUUGAAUUAAAAGUUACUUGAUAGAGAAAAUAAAACUGUCUUAUUCAUAUACAGAAAUAUAUUAUA